UCACCCGGCUGUGUCUUCUGAAUGGCUGAGGAAGUCCCCAAGAUCCCCUUGAAGACCAUCCGUGCCUAGGAGGAGAUGAAACCUCCCCCAGGGAAGAGUCGGGGGAAGAGCCCACAGCAGCAGCAGGAGCUGUGUGCGCCUCGGCCCUUCCGUGCCGAUUCACCAUCCCCUUCUAACACCGCCUGCUUUAUGGAGCCAGACUCGGAGGUGAAAUAGGCCCUGGACUACAUUGACGCCUUUCUCAAAGGCAGUGAACAGGACAAGGCCCAGAAAAUGAAAUUUUUGGAUUCCAUCAUCAGGCUCAGCAGAGCCAUCUGGGUCAGGAGCCCAGAAAUAAACAUGGAUGAUUUGAUCAGCAAAGCCCUGCUAGUGGAGAAGAUAAAGGAGCUGAUUCAUCACGAGUCCGUUGACUCCCUGACCGACAUGGUGCGUCAGCAAGCGAUGCUCGCCAUCAUGGAGCUGAGCAAAGUGAAGCCACCGCUGCGGGGCCUGGAACAAUCCAGCCGGCUCGCCACCUGCUUCUCCAGCAUCUUCUCCCUGCCUCCAUCAGAGACCGUGCAGGGCGUGGAGGCUGCUCUGUACACCAAGACUCUGAGAGCCAUGGAUGAGAUGCUGAAGGCCUUGGUGUGCGAGGAUCAGGAGCCCAACCUUCUGGUGCUGGAGAACAUCUUCGAGAUCCUGCUCCCCUGGACCGCAUCCAAGGAGGUGCAUGGGCGGCUGAGGGCAGUGGUAAGGAUCACCUGGCUGAUGAAAUUCAUGGGUUUUCAACACAAAUUCAAGGACACUCUGUGAUACAGCCUUCAACCAAGUGUCCCCGAAUGGUGAAAUUAUUGAAAGGCCCUGGCUCAUAUACUCACCAUCACCCGGCUGUGUCUUCUGAAUGGCUGAGGAAGUCCCCAAGAUCCCCUUGAAGACCAUCCUUGCCUGGGAGGAGAUGAAACCUCCCCCAGGGAAGAGUCGGGGGAAGAGCCCACAGCAGCAGCAGGAGCUGUGUGCGCCUCGGCCCUUCCGUGCCGAUUCACCAUCCCCAUGUAACGCCUCCUGCUUUAAGGGGCCAGACUUGAAGGAGAAAGAGGCCCUGGACUGCAUAGACGCCUUUCUGAAGGGCAAUGAACAGGUACCAAGAGCCCUCCUCUGACCUGUCAGCUAGUGCCCUGUCCACAUGCACAUCUGCCCUUCUCCAGAUGAUGCAUGGAUUCUAAGGCCAGACGGAACCACUGUGACCUCCUGUAUAACACAGGCCAGAGACCUAUCCCCAAAUAAUUCCUGUUUAAACUACAGCAUCUUAAAAACGUCCCGUCUUGAGUUACAAAAGGUCACCCACCAUGCCCCUUGCUCAGUUGUUCCAAUGGUCUAUUACUUUCUCUGUGCAGACCCCAGGAGAGGAGGGGAAGGGGCUUGGUGCGAGGUGGGGAAGAGCAGGGAACCAGCGCAGGGGCUGGAGGAGGGCAGGGGAAGCUGUAAAUUAAAAAAAAAUCUAUUGAAAAGGGCUUUGUGACUAUCUGUGUUUCUGUUAGGUCUCAGUGGCCCUUAAGUGAGCUAAAGGUUUUAAAGGACCAUCUUGGUUUGUUUUCAAGGAGCUGUCUGUCUUUUAAAUUAAAAAAAAAAUAGUUUGAGAACCUAGCUCUUGUGUCUUUGUGUAAAAGAGACCCAUUUACAGCAAAAAGCUGAAAUGUAUGUUGUAGAAUCAUGUGGGAGGAAAACCCCCUAAAAAUUUGUUUACAAUUUAAAAAAAAACAGGGAUGGUUCAGACAUGUGUUUGAGACUAGCCGACGCUCUUUGCUGAAGGGAGGUGUAGGAUGGUCGUGGCCAUCCUCGUUAGUCUCUCCUGUGUGAAUACCCUGUAGGGAGAGAUCCUUAGUUUAUGUGCCGCUAGCGCGGACAGGGCAUCCUCCUCCCUGUGUGUGUGAUUGGAAAAUGGGUGGGGGACAGUCUAAGGAUUCCCUCUCACCCACUAAGGGUACCCCAGCUUAUUUCAUGUACGUACAUUAUGGUACUAAAACCUGCAGAUAUUUAGAGAAUUGGAAUCAUUACAUGCGUGAAAAUUCAUCUAAACAAUGCCCACUAGAAGGUACCUUCAAUCUAGAUAAGAUCAUACAUCUCAGAGGAGCUUUUAAUCACCAAAAAGCCUCUGACACACAAUGGGAGCAAUUUGUCUAUUGAGGAAAGGAACGGGUUAAUUUGAAAUUCAGCUUGGUCCAGAGAUAAAGAGAAAGUUAAUCUGCGUUCAAGGUCAAGAAUCAAUGCAGACCAGGCUAAGUACAAAGAAAAACUGCUUUCGGCCCCAGCUGACUGUGAAAAAAUAUAGACAUAGUCAAACCAAAGGCAAUACAAGUUACAGUGCUGAGAUUACAUUUGCAAAGCUUAACUGUCCAGUGAGAUCCAACAGUCUGCCUUUGCAACCCUGGAGCUGGCGUGGUUUGGGGAAGCUGAAGAAGCCACAGGCAGCCGGCCUGGACUGGAAUCACUGAAAAGACGCCCCAGGAGACCUCAGGGUGUAAAAUAACUGCCCUCCCAAGAGAGGAAGCAAGUUAGAGAUUGCACAGCACCUUCUCUGAACAUUAUACACAGACAUGGCCAGUCUGGACGUACGUGUGUGAGUAUGAAAGUGUGCCUACUCUCAGCCGCAGUAAGUCUGAGAACCGGAGAGGGGUUUAGCAUUCCUCUUUCCACCCCGGUUGACCGGGAAGGGUGUCAGGUGGAUCUACCCCAGUCGUAGCAGGACUGGGCAAUAGAGAAGUUGGAGAAAAGGGAAGAGUUGUGUACUUGAUAACUAGAAUUGAGCAAUUAAGAGCAUAGAUCAUGAACCAGGCAGCAACUCAAACCUACGCCCAGGGCAAGUUGCAAGCCUUGAGACAGGACUUCCAGGCAGAAAAGGAAGCACUGGCUAAGCAAGUACUGGUCCUUCAGGGACUUGUCAGAAUUUAACCAUUUGUGUUUGCAUAUGCUGUAAGAGCAGUGUGUUUGCCACAAGAGAAAAUUGAAUAGUUAAAUGCCAAUGGGCCAUGCGUUUUGCCCAAGUGGCAAGCCUCACGAGGGAGGACUCGGGUAGCCUUGUGAGUAAGAAUGUUUAAGAGAAGAGACCAGGAAGGGUGGGGGCUAGUUGAGAAGCCCACCCUCCUAUCUAAAUUGGUAGUGAAAAAGCCUGUGCCCAUGGAAGGGACGGUUCAGCGAGAAAAGCAGGAUCGGGCCCAAGCGGGCAGGCAAUAGAUAGAGAGAUUAGAGAACAGGUUGGAAACUUUGAGGGCAUAGUGGAAGGAAAGGAGUAAGUAAUUAUAAGCAUGGGGAUUUCAAAUCCCCAGGAUAAUAAUUGAAAUGGUAAAAUGUGUGUAAGACAAAGUCUUUGUACCAAGGUGCAAGGCUCUCCUUUCUUCUGCUGAAUAAAGCAACUCUUCCUUAUCCCUGUCUGGCUGUUAUUGGCUCUCAGCUAGGUGGACCCGUUAUUUUGGUGACAGUUACUGGCGACUCCGGUUAAUGAAUUUCUGUCUUAUACAUUUAGGCGUUAGGUGUGUGGACGGAACUGAGCCUCUCAUUUGUAAUUCCUCAGAGUGGAAGCCAUCGCGUGCGAUGAAGCUCUGAGGUUGAAUUGGGAUCCUUCUGUCCCGUCCCCUGUAGCGGUCAGUAUUAGUAGAAAUUCCUGUAAUGGGAUCCUAUUAGGCCAUAAUUCCCUCUGUUCUCUGUGUAAUUCUCUGUUAGAGUAUCAGCAGGCAGAUGGGUGGGUCUCUGGUAAAACCCUCUAAGGAUAGCCCUUUGAAUUAUAUGUUAAGUAAAUGGCCUUUACCCGGUGUUCAGGAAAGAAUAAAGAUUUGAAUUUGUUUUUGGGUAACAAAAUAGCAGAUAAAAGAUCUGGUAAAAAGAGAGAGAAGGACAGUGCCCCUGGCUCUGUGUGGUCGAGCUGUCACUUUACUAGGGGUGCAUGGAGAUUUUGUAAGCACAAAAGAAACAGUUACACCUUGUGUAGAAAUUGAUGUGGCUAGUGUUGUGGAAAUUGAAUUGUGGAUAGGAUGUGCAUUUUCCCCAGAACAUGUGCAGUGUAUAUUGUAGCAGAGGUAAAAGAAAUGCAAACCUACCCUGUUUCCCCGAAAAUAAGACAGUGUCUUAUAUUAAUUUUUGCUCCCAAAGAUGCGCUAGGUCUUAUUUUCAGGGGAUGUCUUAUUUUUCAGAAAUGAAAAAUGCCUUAUUAUCGGUGGAUGCCUUAUUAUCGGGGAGGUCUUAUUAUCGGGGGGAUGCCUUAUAUUACAACGAGAGGCAAAACUGUAAGUAGGCCUUAUUUUCGGAGGAUGUCUUAUUUUCGGGGAAACAGGGUACCAAUAUAGGUUGUGUUGUCUCUUUCAGAUCACUGGGUGUUUGAAAGCAGGAGUUAGAAGUAAAAGGCAAUCAAAAGUCUGGGAAAGUUAAUUGUGACUUCUUAAGUAAGAAUCUUUAAGCUGUGGAUAGCUUUGGAUCUGGAAGCAAGCCAGAAAGCAUCUGUAUUAAUGCAAUUUUCUAACUAAUAAGGUAGAAGCCACUGAAACCUGGGCUGCCUAUGAAACAAAUACAAGGAAAUAUGGGGUAAUUCCUCUGUUUUGUCUAAAAUCAACAAGAGUAUGUGUAUAUAAAGGAAAUAUUUUAAGCAAUGACUGACUACCCAGAAGGGAUAGACCUCUGUUCUUUUGUCUUUCAGAUCAUCAGAGAAAAUGGAUGCCAGCUGAACAGCAUUCAAUGUACCAUGCAUUUACUGGUACAAUAGGAAUUAUUUUUGUGUUCUUUGUCCUGUCUUGUGGUGUUUGUCUUGUGGCCAGAAUUGUUGGGUUUAAUAUUUUCAUAAGACAGUCUAGUUCAAAAUUAAAUAGAAGGGUUAAAUCAAAAAGCAGAUACUUGUUUUAUUCAACUUGGAAUACAAAAAGUGUUUGGAUAAAUCAGGAAAAUGUGAUAUACUAAAGUCUAAUACAGUUGCUUAAGUAAGAAAAAGAAACUUCAUUGGCCAGAUUUUUUUAAUUGAAAAAAUUGUUGUUAAAAUUUGCAUACCAACAGUCUUUGGAAGCAAGGACAUGGAAGGUUAACCCACUCCCCAUAUUGCCCAUGGGAUCCUUCUGGCUACCUCAGAUUUCUAGCCAGAGGGCUGGGGAGGGAGGAAAGCUAUUGGACACCUGAGGUUGUACCGAGUGAACUCCUCAAAAGUGGGUGUACUUGUCCUGGUUUGUUGUUCCAAAGCUCUGUAAUAAAGUUAUUUUACUGGAAGAGUGUACAUGGCAUACAUUGAAUAAUAAGACUAAUGUACUGUAUAAUGGCAAUGUGUAUGUGUCCAUUGUUGGGAAAAGGUGUAUGAGUGAAGAGUGGAAGUUUCCUUUGUAGGUUAAAAGAAACCAAGAAGGGGAGAAGGAAAAAGAACAGAAUGAGUUAACUGAGGAAAAAAUAGCUAGCAAGCUCAGUCCAAAGAUAAGACGCUGGCCCCAUCCAAGGAUACUACCCACAGCUAAGACUUGGCUGACAGCCAAGAAAAGGGGGGCCUGAGUGUGCCCAAGCAACUAUGAGAUCUGCAAAACACUGCCAGGAAUUAAUGAAAUGUGUUAGGUUUCUUUUCUCACAGAUAAAAGAAGUGCUACCCAAAGACCCUAGCAGCCCUGCCAUUCAUUGAAACAAGGAGACUGACUCUACGUAAAGUCCAUCAACGAAAGACUGCUUUGGCUCCACACUGGAAAGGCCCUUUCCAAGUCCUGUUAACCGCUGUGAAGUACCAAGGACUACCUGCCUGGACCCAUGCUUCUCACUGUAAAAAGACCCCUCCACCUCGGGAGGACUCUCCGACUGACGAUAAGCCUAUUUCUCCUUCUAGCUCUGCUGUGUCUUCUGGACAGCAGGAAAAAGAAAGAAAAAAAAAAAAAAGACAAGGUGAAGUGCUAGUAACCUCUCCCUUGUCCACUGACAGUCCUACUGUGCCUCUGGAUUUUUCUAGAAGAAGCAAAACCAUUACAGGUUGAUGUGCUAGUAACCUCUCCCCUGUAUGAUGCUAAACCACACUGUUUCAGGAAAAGAGAAGAAGGAACACUUGCUUCAUUGAAACCACAAAGUCCAGGGAUUCCUGACUACAAGAGACAUUAAGAACUGACCCUGGUGAAGAAACAAAGAAUUAUACACUGUCAGGAAGAAACUUGUGGGACCCAUGCUUGGGAACGUGGUAUUGAUUGGAUUUUGGGGUUUAUUCUACAGGCUGCGCCCUGUGUUUUGGAUAAGACCUUCAGCAUGUAUUGCCCUCCCUAAUUGGAUUUUAAAUGAUAAGUACCAAAGGCACCUUGUUGCCAUUGCCCCUGCCAUCUCCUCCAUUACACUAUUACCCCUGUAACACAUCCAAAUACAGACAAUGCCAUAUAUUUGAUAAAACCAAUGACUAAGGCCUUCACACUUUAGUGAUUUAUUUAAAUAUUGUUUGAAAAAAUAUAUUUUUAAGGUUCAGGAUAUCCCAUAUAAGCGAACAAUUGAAUGGAUCAGUGGAGAUAAAAGUAUAUGAUAUCACUACCAGUGAACCCCAAGAAUCUGUAAUUGCAAUUGAUGGGUUCUAUAGCGAAUGUUCCUGGAAUUUGCACUGUGUUAAAUGAGAGAGGCCCUUAUUGUUAUUUGGUCACCCAAUUAGUGAACAAUUAAACGAAUACCCAGAGUUUGUUUUGCCACUGGAAAUUUUACCUGCAUAGAAAUUAUUCCAGUGACGAAUAAUGUGACCUGUACCUUAUUGCAAUACACCCCUUCUUAUGCCAUUAAUAUCAAUGCCUCCCGGAAGUACAUAAAGGUGUUCAACCAACAGAUGUGGUAUAGUACUACACCAAAGAGAGAUGUAUUAGGAUAUCAAUGGACUGUGAUUAACACUACACUAGGGACUGUUAAAUUUUCAUUGCCCUUAUCCAGUUUCCAGAUUACCUCUACAUACCCAAAUUGCUCACAGGGGGCUGCCAUUAGAUUAGCACAACAGAGGGCUUAGGUUAUUUCCUCUAGAAAGAAGAGAGACUUGACCGGAUCCCUUUGGGAUGGGGCCAAUAAUGCAGCAGCAGUUUGGAAUAUUUUUAAGAACCAAGAACAUGAUGAGAAAUUGGGGCAACUAGAGAAGGCCAUUGGCCUUGUUUCUGGAGUACAACUAACCCAGGUACAGGCUGGAGUUGGUGAGUUACAUGUUAUUUCCGCCUUAGUUCAAUGACCCAGAAGUUGCUGACAAAGAUGGUAUUGAAUAUCACUGAGGCUGGGAAGGCAUUGCAGUGGGAUCUAGCAUGUUCAGAAAUUCAGGAUUUCCUGAAUGACCAGCUAAUGGCCAUUCGGAAUGAUCUAGAGCAUCAGGCUUGGCCCACUGCCCUUACAGACACAUCAGGAGUACCAUCUGAUCUGUGGCCAUGGAGACAUACUUGGAGACUUUCUGGGUGGAAGUGCAGACAUUCUCAGUGCUCCUUCCAAGCAUAUGGACCGGUUGGGGGUGGGGGUGGGCUCCCACAUACCAAAUCCUGCCGGGUCCAUGGGGAGGAUGCAUGUAAGAUUGGGUAAUUCACCGAGACAUCUGGGAAAUUAGACCUCCUGGUAUGCCCAAUCGAUAUUUAGUCAGUGCUCCUGGGAUUACAUCUGACAUUUGGAUGGGGUUAGGGAGUCAAUGAACAUUUUGGCCGUUACAACCCCCACAGCUUCAGUGUAUCCGUAAACUGAAGCCAGGAGAAGUUGUUACUCUUCAUGACUAUGUUUGCUGGGAGGGUAGGGGACAAGGAACUACCCUGACAGGACACUUAUUUUUUCAAGCUAAUGAUAGCUGUGUGUAUGUUAAAGCCACCACAUUGCAAGACAUACAUUUUAAUCUCAUUACCACUGCAGGCAAUCAUAUUAUUUACUGGCCUGCAGAUAGAAUUUUGAAAGUAGUCCUUAGGUUCCAGAUACCCUUUAAUUGGACUAGUUUAGUACCUGGUCGAUUUCAAAAUUUGCUUUCACUGUUACUAGAGGUUCAGAAAAUCUCUGAAGUACAAGGGCAAAUUCACAUGCUUCAAAAUAUGUAUCAAGUUAAAAAGUAUGCCUUUCAGACAGCUUAUAGAGUAUCCACCUUAUGUACUAAGUAUGAUGUAUUGUGUUAUAUGACUAAGAUUGUACAACAACCCCAUCAUAUUAUCGCUAUGGGAAUGUUAUUACUUGUGUUGUGCAGGAGUAUGUUAUUGUUGUUGUAAAGGACGUAAUAAUAGUAAUACCUUUCAUGUCCAUGCUCAUCAUGCAUUGUCAUUACAUCCAAUCAAAACCCCUAAGGUUGAAGCAUCUGAUGUAGAAUCUGAAUUCCGAGAUUUAAUGCAAAUAGAGAUUUGAAA